AUGACUCGGAGCGGCAAGCUACCGUCGCCGACCACACCCCUCGCGUCAUGUUUGAACCUUCAUGACAUUGAAAAGGUCGCUCAACAGACACUCAAGCCGAAAGUACGUCACACCUUGCAUGAUCACUCCCAGCUGAGUCGAUCUACAGCCAGCCACUGCAGGCGCCGACAACCUCAGCUCGCCGGCCCGGAGCAACCGGCCCCACUCCUUGCCUCGGCCCACCCCACUGACGUCCACUUCCCCGCACACAGAGCUGGGCUUACUACCAUUCCUCCGCGGACGACUCUCUCGCCAUGGAGAGGAACCGCUCUGUCUACUCGCAGAUUCGCUUCCGACCACGUGCGCUGAAACCGGUCGCGCAGGUCGAUACGUCGACCUAUAUUCUCGGCUACAAGUCCAACUAUCCAUUUUUCAUUAGUCCGGCGGCGAUGGGCAGUGCGUGUGACGAAGAGUGGAUUGUUGUUGGAUCGUCGGGUCUAGGUCGGGAACUGAACCUUGCUUUGAUCGCUUGGUACCAUUCCGCUUCAUCAGAACUCGCACACGAGGAUGGAGAAAUCGCUCUCGUCAAAGGAGCCGCUCGAGCGGGGAUCCCCUAUGGCUGUUCGACCGCAGCCUCCGUAAGCCCGCUUGACAUAGCAGCUGCAGGGAGCGAAGAUCAGACACUCUUCUUCCGUGAGUCUUCCAUACAUCUUGAAGGUGGGUGAUUGGAUCUGACCUUCGAACCUGGAUCUCCGCGGGGAACGAAAACUUUUUCCGCGUCAGAGCUCUACAUGCUCAAGGACAAGCAGAGGGUCGAGAUGGUCCUCGGGAUCGCCAAAGCCAUCGGUUUCAAAGCCAUCCUAUUCACAGUUGGUCAGUCGUCAUUGCCUCGUUCCUUCCUGUCGGAAUGUGCUGAUCUCCGACACCGAGCUCGUUCUUACAGACGCCCCCGUGCCGGGCAAGCGCGAACUCGAUCUCCGGACGGGCCUCGACGAGAACACGAUCGUGCUCGACGAAUCGGCGGGCCAGGUUGGAGAGAAGAAGUCGGCCAUUGCCGAGUCAUCUCAGUGAGUUAUUGAGAAAGCUAUCACGACAGCAUGAGACCACUUCUGACCAAGGUGCUACCCCUUCUUGCGCAGACUUUUGACCGCGAACUUGACGUGGGAUCUCAUCGCUUGGAUUAAGGAGAAGAGUGGGUUGCCCGUCGUCGUCAAGGGAAUCCAGUCCUACGAGGAUGCGGUGCAAUGCGAGAAGUAUGGUGCCGCUGCCAUCAUGCUGUCAAACCAUGGUCAGUCCGUUGAUGUCCCGAGGUGAACGCAGCGCAUCUCUUUUGAUCAUUUUCCUCUCGCUUGAUUCAUAGGCGGUCGUCAGCUCGACACGUGAGUGACAUGCUCCCGUUGAUACUAUCUGAGACCCUUCCAUGCUUCUGACACUCAACUCCGUUCCUUAUUUACAGAGCAUCGACCCCGAUCGAAACCCUCCUCGAGAUCCGUCGAUACGCCCCUCACCUCCUGACCUCCUCCAUGCAAAUCAUCGUCGACUCCGGCAUCCGCCGCGGCACCGACGCCGUCAUCGCCCUCUGCUUAGGCGCCGACGCCGUUUCCCUGGGUCGACCGUUCAUGUAUUCUCUCUGUUAUGGUGAGGAAGGCGUUGCGAGGUGUGCGGAGAUCUUAGGGGAGGAAAUUGCGAGGGCCAUGAGGUUAUUGGGUGUUAGGAGUGUGAGGGAGUUGGAUAAGAGUUUGGUCAAUACGACAAAGGUGGAGAGGUUAUUGUUUGCGGAGGGGAAUGUGAAGUUGAAGUUGUAA